UUCAACAAACCCAGUCUCUCUUCCAAGUUAUCUCAGAAUCACCACUCUCUCGUUUCUCUCUCUCACUCGCCGGGCUCCGGCGACAUGUUCGGCGGAAACAAUUUUCCGGCUCAUCAUGAGGCGACCCGAGUCCUGAGAUCCGACCCGGCUUUCACACUUUUCGAUAACUCUGUUUGGAUUGCUGGAAAUCAGCUGAAAAAAUUUCCCGGAAAAUCCAUAUAACUCGGUGGUAUAACCAGAACUCUGAAUCUUAUAGAGACGAUGCAUGUGUUUCCAUAGUCGAUUCGUUUGAGCUGAGAUUGCAUUAGUUUCGGUGAAUGUGAGGAAAAAAAAUGGAAAAUUUCUUUUCGGGUAUACGUUAAUUUGUUGAAUUGAUGGAAAGAAUAAACACAUGGAGACCGAUUGCGUGCAAAGCUCGGUAUUUGUUUUCGGGGUAUUGUGGUAUUUAGGAAUUGUGGUAUAGAAGAAGUUUUUGGAGUCCUUUGCCAAGAUUGAAUUUUGUAUGAGAAAUUUGCUUGGUUUUGUUUGGGGGGGGUAUAGUAAAGAUUUGUUUUUGACAUAACAAUCAAAGCUUGUUGGGAAUUUUUUUUUUUUUUUUUUUUUUAAAUUUUUGGAGGAGGAAGAAGUGACUGCUAUUUCGAACAUGAAUUCAGAGGGAGGAGUAAAUGAUGGCCGAUGUAGAUUCGGAUCAAGUGAUUCGCUUCUCCCGGGUCUUGUUGAUGAUGUUGCGUUGAAUUGCCUUGCUUUGGCGAGUAGAUCCGACUAUGCAUCGUUAUCAUGUAUUAAUACAAGGUUUAAUGAUUUAGUUAAAAGUGGGUGUUUAUAUGAGUUGAGAAAGCAGUUGCAGAUUUUGGAGCAUUGGGUGUAUUUGGUUUGUGAUCCAAGGGGGUGGGAGGCAUUUGAUCCUGUGAGAAAGAAAUGGAUGACUUUGCCUAAAAUGCCUUGCGAUGAGUGUUUUAACCAUGCUGAUAAGGAGUCCUUGGCUGUGGGUAAUGAAUUGUUGGUUUUUGGUCGUGAGUUGUUGGAUUUUGCUAUUUGGAAGUAUAGUUUGGUACGUCGUAGUUGGGUUAAGUCUCCAGGGAUGAACCGCCCUCGUUGUUUGUUUGGGUCAAGUAGCCUUGGUUCGAUUGCUAUUGUUGCAGGAGGGAGUGAUAGAAAUGGGAGUGUUUUGCAAUCUGCUGAAUUAUAUGAUUCUUCAUCAGGUACAUGGGAAAUGUUACCCAGCAUGCACACACCGCGUAGAUUAUGCUCAGGCUUUUUUAUGGAUGGCAAAUUCUACGUGAUUGGCGGGAUGCUUAAUCCCACUGUUUCAUUGACCUGUGGGGAGGAGUAUGAUCCUCAUACAAGAAGAUGGCGGAAAAUAGAUGAUAUGUAUCCAUUUGCCAAUAGGGCCACUCAGGCUCCUCCUCUCGUGGCAGUUGUGAAUAACCAGUUAUAUGCAGUUGAGCAUUUGACCAACAUGGUUAAAAAGUAUGACAAAGUGAAGAACACCUGGGAUGUGUUGGGAAGGCUUCCAGUCAGGGCUGAUUUGGCAAAUGGCUGGGGCCUGGCUUUCAAGGCUUGUGGAGAGGAACUUCUUGUGGUGGGCGGGCAACGAGGUCCAGAAGGCGAAGGAAUUGUGCUUAACUCUUGGUCUCCUGAGUCCGGGAUCAAGGAUGGAACCUUGGAUUGGAAGGUUUUUGGUGUGAAGGAGCAUGUUGGUGUGUUUGUGUUCAACUGUGCCAUUAUGGGUUGUUGAAGAUAUGUUGGAUCGACUGAAAGGAAGGUUCCAGUAUCUGCACUUCAACCUGGCCCUUCAGGGUGCUUCUGUGUGCAUUUAUCUUAUUGACUAGAAUUAAUUGUCACCGAGAUAGCUUUUGUCUAGCUGAAAAACAUGCUUGAAUUUGAAUGCAUUACUUUCAUGUUUCUGCAUUUUAUUUGCUUUUGAGGAACUAAGUAGAGUCACUUUGUUAGUGCUUUGUUGUCUGUCUUAACUGUCAAAGUUCAUCCACAGCCAACUUAUUUAUACCAAUAAAUUGCGAAGGCUUUUACAUAAUUAUAUGAUGUUCAAUGUUUGGUGCCUGAUCU